UCUAACAAGAUCAUUAAAAUGACUGACAAGAAGAUUUUUCCUGGUUUUCGAGCAAUCGGUCGUGCUAUUGGUCAUGAUACCAAAACAGCAAAGAAAAUAGCUGAUGAACUUGGAGUUCGAGUGGCAAAAAGACGUAAAAUACCCAAAAGAACCGAAAAGCAAGAGCAAAGACAAAUCCAAGCUUUACCGUUACUCAGAAGAGCUCUUCGUGGGUCGAUAUUGAUAAUGGAUGAUGAGUCGUAUUUCGACCUGGAUGGACACGAUUUUUUCGGAGGACAAUACUAUAGCUAUGUUGAAUGCCCUGAUGAUGUACCUGAUACAGUAAGAUAUCGACCUAAAGCAAAAUACGGCAAAAAGCUAUUAAUUUGGGUAGCAAUAAGUUCUCAAGGCGUUUCAUCACCUUAUUUCCAUGAAUGCGAUGGAGCUCUUAACGCUAACUAUUAUAUCAAAAAUUGUAUUCAAGGCAAACUUGCACCUUUUGUUGACCUGCAUGACAAGAAAAAAGUCCUUUUUUGGCCCGAUCUUGCCUCUUGUCACUAUGCAAACGCUACAAUGCAAGCUCUGGCAGAACUUAAAAUAAGGUACGUCUCCAAGAUCGCGAACCCACCAGUCGUACCAAUGCUAAGGCCAAUCGAAACUUUUUGGUCUCAUUUAAAGUCAAAGGUCUAUGCUAACGGAUUCAAAGCCAAAAAUGCAAAUCAACUCAAGAAUAGAAUCAGAAUCAAGCUGAAAGAAUUUAAUUCCGAAUAUUUUCGUAACCUCAUGUCAAGUGUCCCUAAAAAAGUUGAUCAAGCCAUUAAGUCCGGACUAAAUAGCUUAAUUCGAUUGUUAAUUGUUAUCCUAAAUAUUGAUUAAGUUUGAAAAAAUUCUAUUGAUUAAUAAACUAAUUACAGAUGAAUUACCAAAAAGUCCCAUAAUUUAUCCACACAGGUUAUAUUGUAAUACCUGAAAUGCAAAAAGUUAAUUUAACAGUUGGUGCUUUUUCGGUACCAUUUGCUGAUGGAUUUGUUGAAGAAAACGAUCAAAUUUUUCCUAACUUGAAAUCUCUUAAAAGACUGGCCGAAAUUCUUACUGAUUAUGGCCCUUUCAACUUGAAGUUCAUUCUACCCGAGGGAGGACAAUUGGGCGUAUUAACAGAAACUGGCUAUCAUGAUGGAGUUUUGGGUCUAAUACAAAAAGGGAAGGCUGAUAUGUGCUUCUUGUCAUUACCGUUGGAUACCCAAAAGGCUCCUGGUUAUUUCACUUCAGUCAUAUCGGAGCAAAACUAUUAUAUCAGCACAUUACGAAAUUUAGAUGAUAAUACUUCAGCAGUUGUUUCCAGUCUAACAUCGGUCACUGUGAUUCCUUUCUUAUUGGCUAAUCUAGCCACAUUAAUAUUGGAAUUGAUUGCAGUUGAACAUUUCAACAUUGAUGCAUUACUCACGGCUAUCUACCGAUCGUUUGGUGCAUCAUUUCGCCAGCAUUUUACUCGUCGUUCAACAAGUCUCUGCUUGAUUCAAAUGCUAAUCUUAAUGUUUCCUUUAUUCAUUUUCAAUGCUUCAUUCAACACUCAAACAAUCGUCGGAAACAGAGACUAUAAGAUUGAUACAUUGAAAGAUGUCAUCAGUCAGGGUAAAACUCCGUUUUUCAUUGAAGGCAUUUCAAUGUAUGACUUUUUCAAAGCUGGAGUUAACAAAGAUUAUGCUGCUAUUUAUGAACGCAGUGUCGCUGCAGGACUAGAGAAACCCUUUCCACUAGGACCCAUUCCUGUGUUUGAAAGAAGGGACAAGAUGGUAACCUUCGUCUCUGGCAUUGGUGCAAAGCUGACUCCAUUAUUAUCUUCAGUAUCUGGUACAAUAAAGACUAAUCAAGAGCAGUAUUUCUCGGCGAAACCGUUUCAUAGAUCAUUGCAAUCUAUGCUCUACAGUUAUAAUGUUUCCAAAUCCUUCAGAACCAAGAUUAACACUCUGACACGUCGGAUAAUCCAAAGCGGGAUUGCUACAAAAAUCGAAGGAGAUAUUUACGUUGACUUCAUUCUUUCCUUUUAUCCUGCAACCUUAUACGACUUUCACAAAUCUGAAGUUCCUCGGAAAGUGAUUGAUCUCAGUUGGAAAUCAUUAAAUUACAGUGGAUUCUAUCAAAUAUUUCACAUAUAUCUCUUGAUAUUGAUUCUGAUAAUCGUUUUUCAAUUGUUUGAACUAUCCAUUGCUUUGAUAAUCGCUCUAUUUCAGUAA